AUAAUAAUGAAUAAGGAGCUGCCGACACUCAUUCCCCCACUAGUGGCUUACGCCUUACCCCAUUUCAUCAUCUCCUUCCUCCUUCGGCUUUCAUACAAACUUUCUUAUCCAAUUCCUCAAUUCUCAUCAACGUUUCAAGUUCCAAAUUCUACGAGGAGACAAUGCUUUCGGCGAAAUCGGAGUCCGAUAUCACGAGUUUGGCGCCGUCGUCGCCGUCGAGGUCGCCGAAGCGGGCGACGUAUUAUGUGCAGAGCCCUUCACGGUGUUCUAACGACGGGGACAAGUCGUCGUCGAUGCACACGACUCCAAUCUACAACAACAGCCCCAUUGAGUCGCCGUCUCACCCGUCCUUCGGCCGGCACUCCCGGAACUCGUCGGCGAGCCGGUUUUCGGGGAUUUUCCGGUCGUCUUCCGGCAGGAAAGGGGGCAAGAAGCAGAGCAAUGACAAGGGGUGGCCUGAGUGUAAUGUGAUUAUGGAAGAAGGGCCCUAUGAUGACCUUGAGGACAAGCCUCUCUCUAGACGCUUGCAGGCUUUAAUUGCUCUCUUGAGUUUUGUUGCUCUCUUCACACUUUUUUGCUUGAUCAUUUGGGGAGCCAGCAGGCCUUUCAAGGCUCACGUUUCACUUAAGAGCUUGGCUGUGCAUAAUUUCUAUGUUGGGGAAGGUUCAGAUUCAACUGGGGUCCCUACCAAGUUGCUGACAUUGAAUAGCACAUUGAGGUUAAGUGUGUACAAUCCCGCCACAAUAUUUGGCAUUCAUGUUACCUCCACACCAAUUGAUCUCAUUUAUUCAGAGAUUGUUGUGGCUUCUGGUCAGUUGAAGAAGUAUUACCAGCCAAGAAACAGUCACCGGACGUUAUCUGUCAACUUGGAAGGAAUUAAGGUUCCGAUGUAUGGAGCUGCAUCAACUUUAACGGUUCCCCCAACAAGUGGUCCGGUUCCAAUGACGUUGAUGUUCAAGAUUCUAUCACGGGGGUACGUCGUUGGGAAGCUAGUAAGAACAACACAUAUAAAGCAAAUCUCAUGCCGUGUGGGCAUCGAUUCGAGCAGCACCAAAGCCAUCACGUUCAAGAAGAAUUCAUGCACAUAUGAAUGAGAACUGUUGAAUUAUUCCAUCAAGUAGGCUCACUCGAGUCCUGAAGUUUCGAUUCGAUUUGAUCUGUCUGUCACUGAAUGAAUUUGAAAAGAAAUUUGUGUGCAUAUUACUCUUUUUUUUGUGUUGGUUUGUGCAGAGAUACAUCAGUAUGAAUAAGGAGUGGUUACCUUUGUAAAGAUCCAUCCUUUUUUGUUCUGUUCAAGAAUGUUAAUAAAUUGGAAAAGGUUUGCCUCCUUUGCAACCA